UCCAUGGGGCUCUUGGGGCUGCUGAGCCUGCUGCACUCAGCCUUCUUCGGGGACCAGGCGCUGCAGGAGCUGAAGAUGACGAGCUCCGUGGCGCCCUACGAGCAGCUGGUGCGGCAGGUGGAGGCCCUGAAGGCCGAGAACAGUCACCUGAGGCAGGAGCUGCGGGACAACUCGAGCCACCUGUCCAAGCUAGAGACGGAGACGUCCGGCAUGAAGGAGGUCCUGAAGCACUUGCAAGGCAAGCUGGAGCAGGAGGCCGGAGUGCUGGUGUCCUUGGGGCAGACGGAGGUGCUGGAACAGCUGAAAGCCCUGCAGAUGGACAUCGCCAGCCUGUACAACCUCAAGUUCCAGCCCCCAGCCCUAGGUCCUGAGCCCGCUGGCCGGACCCCCGAAGGAAGUCCAGGACACGGCUCCGGGCCUUCUAAGGACAGCUUUGGGGAGCUGAGCCGGGCGACCAUCCGGCUGCUGGAGGAACUGGACCGGGAGAGGUGCUUCCUGUUGAACGAGAUCGAGAAGGAGGAGAAGGAGAAGCUCUGGUAUUACUCACAGCUGCAGGGCCUGUCCAAGCGCCUGGACGAGCUCCCGCACGUGGAGACGCAGUUCUCGAUGCAGAUGGACCUGAUCCGGCAGCAGCUGGAGUUCGAGGCCCAGCACAUCCGCUCGCUGAUGGAGGAACGCUUCGGCACCUCGGACGAGAUGGUGCAGCGCGCGCAGAUCCGCGCUUCUCGCUUGGAGCAAAUCGAUCAGGAGCUGCUGUCCGCACAGGACCGGGUGCAACAGACAGAGCCCCAGGCCCUGCUGGCGGUGAAGUCGGUGCCGGUGGACGAGGAUCCAGAGACUGAAGUCCCCACACACCCGGAGGAUGGUGUCCCUCAGCCCGGCAACAGCAAGAUCCUUCUGCCCAAGAUCUGCCCAUCUCCCUCCUGUAGCGGCCACCCCUCGUAA